UCGUAACACUGGGUGAUUGUAACUGGGGUAGAUCGUCGCCACAUAAAUUUUCAUCAAAUAACUGAGAAUGAUAUGGAAUAGCUGAAGUACUCCAGCUUAUUAUGAGCCUAAACAGUCUUCUAAGCGAUCUCAUUGCAAAGAUUACCUCAGGCUCUUUCUCAACUUCAUUUAAUGCGCUUAUCGAAGUGAGCAAGCACUGCCGUAAGGACUCCACGGCUGUGUCGGAAUUCUGCGCUCUUGGAGGCAUAUCAGCCCUCCUCGGGCUAGUGGAGAAGCCAAAAUACUCGGAUAUAUGUCUUAGCAUACUCGCUAACUGCUGUUUGAUUGAUAAAGCACGUGAAGAGGUCAUCAGACGCGGUGGCUGCCGGAGUAUUGCGAGAAUCCUAUCAUGCAUCGAAAAAGAAAGCGUCCGAAACCGGGCUUGCCGAGGACUCGCCAAUAUAGCGAUGACGAGUCGAGGGGCCAAGGAGAUUCACGGCUGCAAAGCUGUCGAGCACGUUGUCACUUUUCUCACUUCGCCUACAUCAUGCGAAAGUCAAGUCACGGCGCUGCGCGCCGUAAGGAUCCUCGCCAACACUCCCGAAAGUCGCGAUGACUUGAUUAUCCACAAAGCUCCUGCCGCUGUCGUGAAAUUCCUGCAGACUGAGGCCCUCCAGAAGCCCGCUGUUCAAGCGCUCGCAUCAUUGACGCAGUCCUGUAGCUUGGAGUGUGCUUUGCAGAUCAAAGAAGCUGAUGGCUUCAAGGUCCUGGAGGAAGUUCUGCAAGCAUCGGACAGCGGAGUGCUGGAAUCAGCCUUUGCAGCUCUUGUCAAUCUGUCUGUGGUGGGCGACGUGCGGCCAGACCUUGGUGCUGCUCAGGCUAUCUCUGCCCUGAUCAGGCAGCUCAGCGAUUACAAGCUGGCAAAGCCAAGUUAUGGGACACUUUUUUCGUCGCUCUGUCGCUACAGCCAAGAAUCUGUCAACAGGGUCCGGAUCCGUGAAUCUGGAGGUCUCCCUUUGCUGGUACAGGCUCUGUCAGACCAGAGCAGGAAAGAACUUUGGUCCUGCUGCGUGUGCGCGAUCCUGCAUUUCCGUUAUGACGAGCCAAGCCUCGCGGUACUUUGGAGCCUUGACCUUGUUCCUACUCUGUUAAUACACAUCAGAGACUACACCAAAAAUCACAAGAAAGAUCAGCAUUGUGCGGAUUCCGCAGGUGAAACAUUGAGUGGGCUGGAGGACCUAAGGUCAUUAGUUAUGUCUGGAGAAGCUGAUGGCAUCGAUGAAGGCUCUUUCGAAAUGUCAACUGGUGCGGAAGGUUCAAUUGUAAAAGAUAAAGAAAGUGUGAGUGAUAGUGCUAAAAACAACACUCACAGCAGUCGCCAAAUAGUGCCGCAGAUUUCCGUUUCAGACAUUGGUGACAAAUGCGUGGACCAGAAGAACAAGGACGAAUGUGAAGUAUCAGAAACUAAGAGCGAAGUCACAGAUUAUGACGAUGUUACUGAGCAAGUCCUAAAUGAGGAAGUUUCAUCAGAAUUGACUAGGCAUUCUAAUAAGAACACUUUUUGUAUUCAUAGUCCAAGUUACCGGGAAAUUGAGAGCCAAAAUUCUGGACCAGACGCUGGAGGUUACUGCCCAGACUUGGGCUACCACAGCAAUCCUGUGUCACCUGACCAGGCUAGGCGCCCGGUGUCGCCGCUGCCUGGAACGUGGAGCCCGAGAUCUACAGACAGCGGACUGUGGUCACCAUGUAGUACACCGCGGUGUGACUCACCAGUGUCGGUAUCGUCUCCAGAGCCUUUUCGCAGCUUCUCUCCAGUCUGUUCCGAAAGCGACAGCGACUCAGAGCAACCCAUUCCUUCGUGCAUAAAAAACAUGGUGGAGUCGGUCUGCCGGGACAUUCCAAAGAAAAGGGAGUUCAUCAAGCGAAAGCGUUCUUCGUUGUGUGAGGACCAAGCUGCGAAAGCAUCCAGCCAGACGAGAGGUACGGAGGACGACUCUCCGCCGUGCCGCGCCAAGCGAAGGCGUCGGCGCACCCUGUCAGAAUCUGUCACACCUACCUACAAGGACCCUCAGGAGAUGCUUCUCGAUGGAAUGUUCAGAAUUCUGACAGUAUUCACCGUGCUAGAAAUGCCAGAAUAUAAGUUGGGAGCAACGGGUCUUUUUGAUGGUUUGAUGCAUUACUUGUAUGAUGUCCAGAGUCCCUUGCAGAGGGCUAGCCAGAUCAUGACAAAAAUAACAUCAGACUUGCACUCCUUUGAGGAUAUCGUGUGCGGAGGAGAGGUCCUGAAACUGAUAAAACGCAUAGUGGCUUGCGGUUUGAAAGGAUGCAAGCACUGUCAGCAGUUUCGAGACCUCAGCAGGCACUGGUUGUCCAACCUGACCCAUAUGGCUGAGUCUGGCUAUGGAAGCGGUGUGCUGGCACACUGUUUGCUGACACAGGGCAAGGAAAUUCAGACCUGCUGCUGUCUCACCAUACCUUACAUUGUCCGCAAUAAGUCAAUUCUACGUCAGCUGCUAUUUGACUGCUCAGCGUUGGAUGCCCUGCUAGACCUCCUAGAAGAAGACAAAGGUGCGAUGGACAAAACCUUCUGCCAGGCUGUUGACAGCCUCGCGGCUUUGUGCGCGUCGAUAUCGGAAAAACGUAGCCUGCUCACAACCUCCUCGCGAGGCGCAUCUGGGGCAAACGACGCCUGUCGCCUUGAAGCAUUCACGAUGGAUGUGCAAUUGCAAGUAGACGACGGAAGCAGGGUCACCGGCAACAGGCUUAGGUUGAGCGAGGCAAAUGACUACUUCAAGACGAUGCUCAACGGACACUUUGUCGAGAAGGACCAGGAGGUAGUCGCAUUCCGCAGUGCCAGCGGAAAGCCACUGAACAUUGUGAUACACUUCCUGCACGGGUGCAACUUUCAGACGUGCGCAUUUAUGAGCAGCGAACUGUCGGUCAAUGUGCAGCUGGACGUUUUGGGUCUCUGCGACCUCAUGCUUCUUCCCAAUCUACAGAGGGAGACCGAGAUCAGGGUGAGGCAGAACCUCAAGUUGGAAAGCGUUUGUGAUGUGUACGGCAGGGCGCUGGAGCUUGGCAUGGCUGGCUUUCGCAAGGCUGCACUGUGGUUCGUGUUGACGGAGAAAACGGACUCUGAACGUCGGUGCAAGUGCCUCAGUGAGCUGGUCAGUGGAAAGCAUGGAGGUCAGGUCUUGGACGACAUUGCCAGUUUAGUCCGUGAAAACCUGGACACGAAUGACAAUACCAGUGCCAUGUAGUUGACCAGCUUGGCGUUUGUUUUCUGUAUGUAAACACUGUAUAUAACUUUAGUCUACCACAUGCAAAGUAAAAAAUUAAAUUGCAAACUGAAAGAAAAUCA